AUAAUCGAUCUUAAUCACUGUGUUUGUAAACCCCACUCUGUUUGCAAACACGCCUGAAUCUAUCCUCAGAAUUACUGCAUUUUGUUAGUGAAAAAAAUUUACACCCUACUUUCAAAAUCUGUCAGAUAUACAUCUCUUUGGCGCGCUAUUUGUUUCUUCUGCUCUUCUUGAAUGAUUUUUUGUUUGUGUUUCAUUUCUUUUCUUUUUUAUUGAGGAUUUAAUAAUCUGGAUUUACCAUUCAGUAGCUAGCACCAGAGUUGGCUAGUGAGACAUUACGCAGUUCAUGCGUUAUUCGUUAUGAAUUUUUGAAAAUUGAAUGCGGUUUACUUUUAAUUUCACUUUCAAAUUUGAAAUUUAGAUAGAGAAAUGCAGGUCAAUAUACCCAGUUUUGAUUUUAAGAUGGAAAUAUUUAUGAUGAUCUCUGGCUUCCGAGGAAAUUCGCUCGUAACUUGAUUGUCUGCUUCAAGCGAAAAUUACAAUCAUAAAAUGCCAUUGUCAUGCUCUCCUCAUCCUAAUAUCACAGCAUUAUGCUCAAGGAAGCGCUGCACAUUCUGCUUACUACACACAACCCACCUGAAGAUUGCUCUACAUAUCUUCAAUUAUUGCACACCUGCAUUCUCAAAAACGCGCUUUCACAAGGGAACAAAGUUCACUCUUUAAUUGCUCACAGGCGAUUUGCCUUUGCUAAAUGCGCAAGUUUUCAUAAUAAGCUUAUUUGCAUGUAUGUCAAGUGCGGAAGUUUGGAGAAUGCUCGAAAAGUCUUUGACCUCAUGCAAGAUCGAGACAGAGUCUCAUGGAAUACGAUUAUUGCAGCGUACAGAAGACAUGGGUACCCUCACGAGGCAGUCACACUGUUUCACCAAAUGCAACGAACAGGUUUCCAACCCGAUCAGUUCAUAUUUGCCAGCGUACUCCCAGCCUGUGCCAAGAUGGGAGCUUUGGAACAGGGUAUGGACAUCCAUCAAGGCAUAAUGGAAGGGAAUUUUCUGUCAGAUAUUAUAGUUGGAAACGCAUUGGUAGACAUGUAUGCAAAAUGUGGAAGCCUUCACAGGGCACGUGAACUGUUUGACAUAAUGCCUCACAGAAAUGUGGUCUCAUGGAAUGCCAUGAUUGCAGGAUAUGCAAAAAAUGGAUUUUUUGAAAAGGCUUUAGAAACUUUCAAGCAAAUGCAAUCGGCAGGUGUAAAGCCAAAUUCCACAACCUUUGCCAGCGUCCUCCCUGCCUGUGCCAAAAUGGGAGCUUUGGAACAGGGUAUGGACAUCCAUCAAAGCAUGCAGGAUAGAGGAAUUUUGUCAGAUGUUGUAGUUGCAACUGCUCUGGUAGACAUGUAUGCAAAGUGUGGAAGCAUAGACAAAGCUCGUGAAGUGUUUGAUAGAAUGCCUCAAAGAAAUGUGGUAUCGUGGACCGCAAUGAUUGCAGGAUAUGCACAAAAUGGAAUUGUUGAAAAGGCUUUAGAAACUUUCAAGCAAAUGCAAUUGGCAGGUUUAAAGCCGAAUUCCACAACCUUUGCCAGCAUCCUCUCGGCAUGCGCCAAAAUGGGAGAUUUGGAUUACGGUAUGGUUAUCCAUCAGAGCAUUAUGGAAGGUAAAUUUUUAUCUGAUAAUAUAGUUGGAAAUGCUCUGAUAGACAUGUACGCAAAAUGUGGAAGCAUAGACAGGGCCCGCGAACUGUUUGACAGAAUGCCUCAAAGAGAUGUCAUCUCAUGGAAUGCAAUGAUUGCAGGAUAUGCUCAAAAUGGGUUUGUUGAAAAGGCUUUAGAAACUUUGAAGCAAAUGCAAUUCGCAGGUGUAAAGCCAAACUCCACAACCUUAAUCAGCAUUCUCUCUGCCUGUGCCAAAAUGGGAGCUUUGGAACAGGGAAUGGAUAUCCAUCAAAGCAUAAUUGAAGGGGGGUUUUUGUCAGAUGUUAUAGUUGGAAAUACCCUGCUAGACAUGUAUGCAAAAUGUGGAAGCCUUCACACGGCACGAGAAUUGUUUGAGAGAAUGCCUCAAAGAAAUGUGGUCUCAUGGAAUGCCAUGAUUGCAGGAUAUGCACAAAAUGGAUUCCUUGAAAAGGCUUUAGAAAUGUUAAAGCAAAUGCAAUUGGCAGGCGUAAAGCCAAAUUCCACAACCUUUGCCAGCAUCCUCCCUGCCUGUGCCAAAUUGGGAGCUUUGGAACAUGGUAUGGACAUCCAUCAAAGCAUAACGGAUAGGGGAAUCUUGUCAGAUGUUGUAGUUGCCACUGCCCUGGUAGACAUGCAUGCAAAAUGUGGAAGCAUAAACAAGGCUCGUGAACUGUUUGACAGAAUGCCUCAAAGAAAUGUGGUCUCAUGGAAUACCAUGAUUGCAGGAUAUGCACAAAAUGGAUUUGUUGAAAGGGCUCUAGAAACUUUCAAGGAAAUGCAAUUGGCAGGUGUAAAGCCAAAUUCCACAACUUUUGCCAGUGUCCUCCCUGCUUGUGCUAAAAUGGGAGCUUUAGAACAAGGUAUGGACAUCCAUCAAAUCAUAAAGAAUAGUGGAACUUUAUCCGAUGUUGCAGUUACAACAGCCCUAGUGGACAUGUAUGCAAAAUGUGGAAGCAUAGACAAGGCACAUAAAUUGUUCGACAAAAUGCCAAAAAGAAAUGAGGUCUCAUGGAAUGUCAUGAUUGCUGGAUAUGCACAAAAUGGAUUUUAUGAAAAGGCUUUAGAAACUUUUGAGCAAAUGCAAUUGGCAGGUGUAAAGCCAAAUUCUGCAACCUUUGCCAGCAUCCUCCCUGCCUGUGCCAAAAUGGGAACUUUGGAACACGGUAUGGACAUCCAUCAAUGCGUAAUGGUUGGGGGAUUUUCAUCAGAUAUUAUAGUUGGAAAUGCUCUCUUAGACAUGUAUGCAAAAUGUGGAAGCAUAGACAAGGCACAUGAACUAUUUGACAGAAUGCUUGAAAGAGAUGUCAUUUCGUGGAAUACAAUGAUUGCAGGAUAUGCUCAAAAUGGCUUUGUUCGAAAGGCUUUAGAAACUUUCAAGCAAAUGCAAUUGGCAGGAGUAAAGCAAAAUUCUGCAACGUUUGCCACCAUCCUCCCUGCCUGUGCCAAAAUGGGAGCUUUGGAACAAGGUAUGGACAUCCAUCAAAGCAUAAGGGAAGGGGAAAUUUUGUCCAAUGUUAAAGUUGGAAAUGCUCUGGUAGACAUGUAUGCAAAAUGUGGAAGCAUAGACAAGGCACGUGAACUGUUUGAUGGAAUGCCUCAAAGAGAUGUCAUCACAUGGAAUGCGAUGAUUGCAGGAUAUGCACAAAAUGGAGUUUGCAAGGAUGCUCUCAAAACCUUUGAAUUAAUGAAGCACUCUGGAACAUAUCCUGACACUGUAAGCUUUGCUUGUGUUCUAUGUGCAUGCAGCCAUGCAGGUUUAGUAGAUGAGGGCUGUACAUACUUCAACCACAUGAGUAACCCCUAUUGCAUUACACCUACAGUUGAUCAUUAUGUGUGCAUGGUUGACCUUCUAGGCCGUGCUGGCUAUCUUGAGGACACCCUAAACUUUAUUAUUAAGAUGCCAGUGAAACCUGUGUUGGUUGUGUGGAUGUGUUUUCUUGGUGCCUGUAGAUCACAUAUGAAUAUAGGCUUAGGAGUAUUUACAGCGAUACUGCUUUUUGAUUUGGAUCCUAAAAAUACUGCAACUUAUGUUCUUCUCUCAAACAUCUAUGCAGAAGUGGGCAGGUGGGAUGAGGUUCAAAUGGUAAGGAGAUUGAUGAAAGAUAGAGGAAUUGAAAAGAGCCCUGGAUGUAGUUGGAUUGAAGGCCAUAAAAUGGUACAUGCUUUUUGUAGUGGAGAUGGAUUGCAUCCACAGAUACAAUAGGUCAAACGCAAGGUUGGAGAAAUUGACUCAGGAGAUGAAGGCGGUAGGGUAUUUUCCAAGACAUUACUUAAUUAUGUGGAAGAGGAGGAAAAAUAAUCAUUUCCCUGCCAUAAUGGAAAGUUUGGCAAUUGCAUCUGAUUUUUAAAACAUGCCUCUUGGAACAACUAUUAGGGUUAAUAAUUUUGAGCAUAUGCUGAUUAUCACAGUGCAGCACCAUUUAUCUGCAAGAUUGUUGCAAGGGAUAGUGAUAGCAAAGCGUUUCCAUCAUUUUAAACAGGGACAAUGUUCUUGUAGAAAUUAUUGGUGAUCCUAAAUGAAGCAACCUGAAAAAUAAGCUUGCACUGUAACAAUGUGCACCGUGUCUGACCUGCAGUAAUGAUGAAGGGAUUAGGUUUUAUUUUCAGUUUCUAGAAAGAUUCUUGACAGUAUUGGGAUAUCUGUCAAAGACCUGUUUUAUGAUAACAUGAAAGUUCCAACGAAUUGUAUUCACAAAUCCUUAAUAUUUAUGAGCUGAAAAUCUAGAGGAGGUGGAGAAUGGAAAAAAAACAAAGGCUGAGAAACACUUACAACAAUUUGAAGGAAAAAAUUCACAGUCAAAACCAGAAACUAUGCACAAUUCAAAAGAUGCUUGAUGGGAGAUGAGGGCUCACAAUUAUCCUUGUCAUUUUGGAUUGUUUUUUUAUUUUGGAAUAAUUGUAUCAUCUUUUGCCUAUGUUAGUAAA